AGGAUUGCAGAUAUAACACAGAGAGACCCAGAGGAAGUCUAAACCAUUAAAAGCUAAGGUCACAAAACCAUGAAGAAGUUUUGAGCACGGCUACCGAGACGCUUAAAUAGCGUCCAGGAUUUACGGUUGCUACUUCCUCCUCAACCAAAACCAGGAUGAUGCGACAGCAGCAUUCCAGUUUGCGCCUGGCCAUUGGCGGCCUGGUACUCCUCCUCUUUGUGCUCCAUGUGCUCGGCAAGGAGCACGGAUCGCAUAGCCAUGCCCACAAACGCAGCCAUUCGGCCAAGAGAUUCUCGCGGGACUCGAACUCGGCCCGUGAACGGCGACCGAACAUAAUACUCAUUCUGACCGACGACCAGGAUGUGGAGCUGGGCUCUUUAAACUUCAUGCCGCGCACGCUGCGGCUCCUCAGAGAUGGCGGCGCCGAGUUCCGACACGCCUACACCACCACGCCCAUGUGCUGCCCGGCGAGAUCGUCGCUGCUCACCGGCAUGUAUGUGCACAACCACAUGGUGUUCACCAACAACGACAACUGCUCCAGUCCCCAGUGGCAGGCGACGCACGAGACGCGCUCCUAUGCCACGUAUCUCUCGAAUGCCGGCUACCGCACGGGGUACUUUGGCAAGUAUCUGAACAAGUACAAUGGGUCCUACAUACCGCCGGGGUGGCGGGAGUGGGGCGGACUGAUCAUGAACUCCAAGUACUACAACUACAGCAUCAAUCUGAACGGGCAGAAGAUCAAGCAUGGCUUUGAUUAUGCCAAAGAUUAUUAUCCCGAUCUGAUAGCCAACGACUCGAUCGCCUUUCUGCGCUCCUCCAAGCAGCAGAACCAGCGGAAGCCCGUCCUGCUCACCAUGAGCUUCCCGGCUCCCCACGGUCCCGAGGAUUCUGCUCCGCAGUACAGCCAUUUGUUCUUCAAUGUGACCACCCACCACACCCCAUCCUAUGACCAUGCUCCCAAUCCGGACAAGCAGUGGAUCCUAAGGGUCACCGAACCCAUGCAGCCCGUGCACAAACGGUUCACCAAUCUGCUGAUGACCAAGCGACUGCAGACACUCCAAAGCGUCGAUGUGGCCGUGGAGCGGGUCUACAACGAGCUGAAGGAACUCGGGGAGCUGGACAACACGUAUAUCGUUUACACCUCGGAUCACGGCUAUCAUCUGGGCCAGUUUGGUCUGAUAAAGGGCAAGAGCUUUCCCUUCGAGUUCGAUGUGCGAGUGCCGUUCCUCAUCCGUGGACCGGGCAUUCAGGCCUCCAAGGUGGUAAAUGAAAUUGUGCUGAAUGUGGACCUGGCGCCCACCUUCCUGGACAUGGGUGGCGUGCCUACGCCGCAGCACAUGGAUGGACGCAGCAUACUGCCCCUGCUGUUGAGCAGGAACCGCGCUGUGCGGGACAACUGGCCCGAUAGCUUCCUCAUCGAAAGUUCCGGUAGGAGGGAAACGGCCGAGCAGAUAGCCGAGUCACGAGCCCGCCUCCAAAUCGAAAGGCGAAACAUGAAGCUGGUGAACAGUUCGCUGCUUGAGGACUUCCUCGAUGGAACCAGUGAAAGCAGCACCACCAUUUCGAGUAGCAGCACUAGCAGCACUGCCGCCACCUUGAUGAGUUCCACCAGCCAUCAGUUGGAAGAGGAUGAGGAGGAUACGGACAAUGAGGAGGAUGAUGCCAUGGACAGUUCGGCAGCUGCCCUGGAAGACGAUGAUCUCGAGGAUGCUGCUGCGGAGGAGGCCGACGAGGAGCUGGUCGAUCAAGAGUUCCAGCAGAACAACGAUCUUCCCCUGGCCCCCUACAUCACCAAGAUGAUGCGCCUCAACUCGGAGUGCUCCGAUCCGGCCCUGCUUAAGAACUGCCUGCCGGGUCAGAAGUGGAAGUGCGUCAAUGAGGAGGGACGUUGGCGCAAGCACAAGUGCAAGUUCCAUCUUCAGUUGGAACAUCAGCUAGCUACAAUGCCACGGAAGCAGUAUCAACGCAACUGCGCCUGCUUCACACCCGACGGAGUGGUCUACACCAAGAUCCGCGCCCCAUCCGCCGGUUUGCAUCGCGUGAACAAGCGGGGUCAUCAUGGUCAAGGACGUAGGCGAAACAAGCGGGAGGUUUACCACACCGAUUUACCAGACGAAAUGGAGGAACUGCUGGAUCUCCACCAGACCAUAGAUCACAUGACAGAUCUGCAUCGCAGCAAGCGGGAUUUGUCGGGAAGUAGCAACGAGACGAUUGCCCAGGUCAUCCAGCAGAUACAAGCCACUCUGGAGAUCCUGGAGCUCAAGUUCAAUGAGCACGAGCUGCACGGUUCCAAUUCGAGUACUAAUUCCUUUGAGCGAGGCGAAAAGUAUUCAAAGUCUGGCGGUCAUCGCUGCUUUGUAGAUGCAUCCACGGGUAAAGUGAACUGCUCCAAUGUGAUCUACGACGACGAGAAGACGUGGCGGACCUCGCGAACCCAGAUCGAUAUGCUGAUCAAGCUGCUGAAGGACAAGAUUGGCAAGCUCAAGGAGAUGAAGAAGCAGCUGAGGGAGAGCAACAAGCAGGCAUUGGCGGCUAGCCGAAGGAAUGAUGGCCGACGGCGUAAUGAUCCCAUAGGGCUAGACGGUGGAGCCGGACCAGAGUUCAACAUGAGCUACUUCACCGAAACGGGCAGCACUCCAAGGUCGAACGUUGGCCAGAAGGAGGUGUUCCCGGGAUAUGGAAGUACCAACGUCUUUGAUUCAGUGGAGCAAUCGCAGUCGCAUCGCUUUGCCCCGCGAGCCGAGUGCUAUUGUGAGCCUGAUGUGGGCGAGAGCCAUGCGGACUCCAAGGAAAUGGCCCGCGAGGCGCGCAGGAAGCUGAAGGAGGAGCGGCAGCGCAAGAAGGAGCGAAAGCGCAUCAAGAAGGCGCGUCUGGAGAAGGAGUGCCUGUCCGAGAAGAUGAACUGCUUCUCGCACGACAAUCAGCACUGGCGCACGGCUCCCCUGUGGAACGACAGUCCCUUCUGCUUCUGCAUGAACGCCAACAACAAUACCUACUCCUGCCUAAGGACCAUCAAUGCCACCCACAACUAUCUGUACUGCGAGUUUACCACUGGCCUGAUUACCUUCUAUAACUUGACUAUAGAUCGCUUCGAAACGACAAAUCGCGCAGCAAGCCUAACGCCUGGCGAGAGAUCCCACAUGCACGAUGCCCUCCAGCAGCUGAAGGGCUGUCGAGGACGCAGCUGCAGCAUCCGCCGACACCAGUCCCACCUGGAGAGCGGUUCCAGUGCUCCGCUGCUGCCCAUCAAUCAAGUGCACCGCAACAACAAACGAAAGCACUCUCCCCUCGCGGGAUCAGUGGGAAACUAUGCCUUUGUAGGGCCCCGACUGGACCUGGACGGACUGCCUCCGAUGAAGCGGCGCAAGCUAUCCAAAUACAACAGAUUGACUGGUUCGCAGCAGUCGCACAUGAAGCGGCGUCCCUGGAAUCAGCAGCCCCUGCAGCAGUCGCCCAGAUUCUUGCCCACGCAUUCUGUGACUCCAUCCGCGGCCUAGAGAUACAGCUGGAUCGAGUGACCGACACCACACACAUAUCCUAUGCGUACCUUUUGUACCUUGCUUGCCUGACCCCGCUCCUUGGUUCGCCCCAUUGGAUUUCUUCAUACAUAAAUAAGACUGUGUUUUAAUCUAUCUACUUAUGUUUAGAUUUGUUUAUUCAAACUGUGUGUAGUCCAGUCCUUGAUACAUUUGGCUUGCAAUAUUUAUAGUUAGAGCUGAACACUUGAAUUAGCUCUUAGGCCACCUAAUUUGUACAUAAAUUUAGUACCGAAAUUCUACGUAAACUAAAUAAAUUAUUUAGCGAAUUGGUUACAAGUUAAAUUAGUUGAGUAUACGUAGCAAGGAGUUUUAAUAAUUCUAGCGAAUCCAAAUGAAAUUGUAUUUAUUGGCCAAUGCUAAAGGAACAAUGUUAAUGUGUAUUAGAGACUAAAACCAUAUUUAUGCCGAUCUAGAUACGUUGUAAUUGUUAAGUACCCCAACCCACACCCAAAUUCCCAAAGACGUUAUGUAGCAGCCCCGCUUGAAAUCGAACAAAUAUAUUGUAUCUGCCACGUUAUUAAUGUCAUAAAA